AUGAGGCAACUCUGGAUCCUGUUCUUUCUCAUCCUCAUCUCCGAAAGUGGUGAUGCAAAUGAGCUCACGGUGGACCCAGCCCCCGGACUGAGGGGCUUCCCUCCCCAGGACAGGAGGUCAGAGUCCUGCCUCUCUCCUACCCCCCAGCCCCGCAGCUGCAAAGAAGUCAAACUGAGGUGUGCAAGGGCCACAGACGGCAUCUACACGCUGACCACAGCCGACGGGCAGACCUACCAGACCUUCUGCGACAUGACCACGGCGGGUGGUGGCUGGACGCUGGUGGCCAGCGUGCACGAGAACAACAUGGAUGGCAAGUGCACUGUGGGCGACCGCUGGUCCAGCCAGCAGGGCAGCAACCCCCGCUACCCCGAGGGGGACGGGAACUGGGCUAACUACGCCACUUUUGGCUCAGCCACGGGGGCCACCAGCGAUGACUACAAGAACCCGGGCUAUUUCGACAUCCAGGCCAGUGACCUGGCCAUCUGGCAUGUGCCCAACAAGACGCCCCUGAGGCUGUGGAAGAGCCAGGCUCUGCUGAGGUAUCGCACUAACAACUACUUCCUCCUUGCCUUCGAUGGGAACCUGUUCAAACUGUACCAGAAAUAUCCAGUCAAAUUUGGGGCCGGAUCCUGCUGGAAAGACAACGGCCCAGCUGCGCCCGUGGUCUACGACUUUGGUGACGCAGAGAAAACCGCCCAGUACUACUCACCGUUGGGUCGAAAGGAAUUCACUGCCGGCUUCGUCCAGUUCCGGGUGUUUAACAACGAGCGAGCGGCCAACGCCCUGUGUGCCGGGGUCCGGGUCACCGGCUGUAACACCGAGCACCACUGCAUCGGUGGUGGGGGGCACUUCCCGGAAGCAGCCCCCAGACAGUGCGGGGACUUCUCCUCCUUCGACUGGAAUGGAUUCGGGACCCACAGGGACUACAGCGCGAGCCAGAAUAUCACUGAAGCGUCCGUGCUCCUGUUCUACCGCUGA